AUGGCAAAGGUGCCUCUCCCCGUCUCAUACUACCGUAGGUUUUUCUCUGCCUUUUACCUCACACCAAGGCUGACCGCGGAAGCCGCCGUUACGCAUGGAACUUCUGGCAUGCAGCACGGGAGGGCUGUAUCAAUAAAGGAGCAAGCGCAUGGGGGACUUAGGACGAAGUUGUUUGGUCCCAAGGAUUACGAGAUCGAUGAGCACCUGGGUGGGGUUGUCAAGGGCAUACUAGAUGUUGUGGGCAACAACCCUGUUUAUCUUUGGAUUGACAUUGAUGUGCUCGAUCCUAGACUGGUACUCCGGAAUCCGGAGGUUGGACCACGCGCGAGCUCAAACGAUACAUCCAUGGGCUCCGCGGCCUAA